UAAAAUACAAAUGUAAUAAGUAAUACAUUUAAUACGCGAUACGCGAUCUAACAAUAGGUGUCCGUGGUUUGAUAUUGAAUGGAGAGAGUGGGGGUAGCAGGCAGCCAUAUUGGCUACUGGUGCUACUACUGGACUUUUGAGAGAAAUCUGCGUGAAUACAAAAGUGGUGUUAACCUGUGAAUCUCUAUAAGAGUACACCCCUUUUAAAAAAAAAAUGAGUUUCUUUGGAUUCGGUCAGUCUGCUGACAUAGACAUUACUUUGGAUGGUGCAGAGACCAGAAAGACAGCAGAUAUCAAAUCUGAGGAUGGCAAAAAAGAACAUCAUUUGCUUUAUUAUGAUGGGGAGGCAAUAUCUGGAAAGAUUACCAUUAGUUUGAGAAAAGCUGGUAAGCUAGAACAUCAAGGUGUUAAAGUGGAAUUCAUUGGGCAGAUUGAAUUAUACUAUGACAGAGGUAAUCAUCAUGAGUUUAUUAAUCUGGUAAAAGAGUUAACCAGGCCUGGUGAAUUAACUCAUAAUACUGUAUAUACCUUUGAAUUUGCAAAUGUUGAGAAGCCUUAUGAAAGUUAUACUGGUUCUAAUGUGCGGCUUAGAUACUUUCUCAAAGUGACAAUUGUUCGAAGACUUAGUGAUAUUGUUAAAGAACUCGAACUAGUUGUGCAUACACUUAGUUCCUAUCCUGAUAUGAACAAUCCUAUUAAAAUGGAAGUCGGAAUAGAAGACUGCCUGCAUAUUGAAUUUGAAUACAACAAAAGCAAAUAUCACUUAAAAGAUGUUAUUGUGGGUAAAAUAUACUUUCUAUUGGUUAGAAUUAAAAUCAAGCAUAUGGAAAUUGCCAUUAUAAAACGAGAAACAACUGGUUCUGGGCCACAUACAUUUACAGAAAAUGAAACGAUAGCUAAAUAUGAAAUUAUGGAUGGUGCUCCAGUACGUGGAGAAUCUAUACCUAUUAGAGUAUUUCUAGCGGGAUAUGAUUUAGCUCCCACAAUGCGUGAUAUUAACAAGAAAUUCAGUGUUAGAUAUUUUCUCAACUUAGUUCUAAUGGAUGAGGAAGAUCGCAGAUAUUUUAAACAGCAAGAAAUCACUUUAUGGCGUAAAGGUGAAAGAAGUAGAAAGUCUCAAACGGCAUCUCCACAUAUGCCGUCGCAUUUAGUGUCAGCUGAAACAGGAUUUCCACAAGGUGCUGCACAAAAUGGACCACCAUCAGUGAUAACAACCACUGAUCAAUUAUCAACUAAUGUUAAAAGUAUAGAGGAAACUCCUGCUCCCAUGGAAGGUAUGACACGUGAGGAAGGAGAUGGAGAAGGAGAGAAGGAAGCAAAUCCAGAAAAUAAUUAAAUUGUGGAAAUAAUUCAGUUAUAACUGAAAUUAAUAAGUAGUGGACUAUAUGAAAAAAAUCAAGUACAUCUAAAACAGUGCAAAUGGAUAAAUACUUUCCACAAGAAUUUUUCCUUGCUCUGGAGUAGGGACAGUUUUAGUAAACGAAAAUGACAAAGCUGCGAAUAAAGUUGUAAAUAUUUUUAAUACAUAUAUAUAUAAAUAUAUAUAUAUACACACACAUAUAUAUAUAUACAUAUAUAUAUAAAAUUAAGAAUGUGAAUGAAGUAAGUGCAGACUAUUGAUUAAAAGUUGAAAACUAUUGAAAUAUAUAAUAUACUAGUCCUGUCUGUUUGGCAGGAUCAACAUAAAAGUUUUAUUGGAAAAGAAAAAAGGAUGAUAGAGAAAAAGCCGAACAGUGAAAGAUAAAACUGGGAAAUAGAAAUGUUAAUAAAUGGACAAUAUAAUAAUCAAAUAUUAAGUGGUCAACAUUAUUGAAGGGCAUCUGAAUAUUACAGUGUUCUAUUUUAUACAAACCUUCUAUAUUAUACAAAUUGCAUCCUUGAUCUAUAUAUUAUUCCUUGAAUCUGAAUAAUCAUCAUUGUAUAAAAGGAUUUUGUAAAUCUGAGAACUAUAUUCACACUGGCACAAAAUGGUACUCGAUUCAUUUGGCCUCUCAUCAACAUAUUAUGUACCUAUACAGAGUAUUUUGAAAAUUAGUGCCUAUAAAUAGUCUCAGAUUGUUGUAAAUUUACUCAAAAUAAUUAUUAUAUUUAAAUUAAGACAAAGUUUUGUUUUUCUUUAUUUUUUUUUUUUUUGUUUUUUCCUUUAUUUUUAUUUUUUUUUUUUUUUUUUUUCAAUAACAUUACUCUUCUAAUAGCAUAGUUAAUUAUAAAAAUAAAUAUAAAUACAAAUAGUUACUAAUUUAUUUAUGUAAAAACAUUUUAAGUUUAUAUAUAAUUAAUUUACAAUGUUCAUGACCUAAACUUAAUUUUGCAAUAGAAUGUAUUAAUUUUCAAAAAGCUCUGUAUGAUACAUCUGAUAUUAAUUAUAAUUCAAAUUGUUAUAAUUUCGUAUAAUAUGCAUUAAUUUCUUAUGAUCUAAAAAUUGAGAUAUAAAAUUUAACUUAGUUACAGUAACCAUUUUAUUAACGGUCAUUAUAACAAUUCAAUUUUUAAUUUUUGCAUUUUAAACUUUAAAAUCAUGUUUCAUCCUAUAGCAUACAUGAUCUUUUUACAUAAUUGUACAAUAUGAUUUUAUAUGAUUGUUUUAAUUUUAAUUUUGCCAUAACUUAAUAUAAUACUAAUUACAAGCAGCAUUUAUUUGACCGCCUUGAAUUAUACCCAUUUAUUAAAUUUUGGCAUAUUUGCGCAAUUUUUGUAUGUCUUCUUGUACGAGAAGAAAAAUCAAUUAUAAGUAUGAAUAAAAUAGAUGGUUUUGCCUUGUGUGUUUUUGCACAUAUUUGAAAUAUCAAAUAAUGCAGUGGGAAAACUUUAUUUUAUAAUUCAGUUUCCAAAAUUAAAAGUGAGAAAAAAAUAAUUGAUCUUAUGUAAAAAUUAAUAUUAUUUGGUGAGUUUGGAUUCUGAAUCCAUAAUAUAAAAGUUGCCACUGUUUUAUAAGAUGUUAUGCACAGAACUAUGUGUUUGUGCAUAUAUAAAUAAUUUUUAAUUGUAAAAUUAGUAAUCAAAUAUUUGUAAUUAGUAAAAAAUAUGAAAGAGAUGGAAAGAAUUAUUACAGCUGUAUAAUAAAAGUUGAUCUACAUUGUGUAAUGAAAUAACAUACAA